GAUUGAUAGGGCAGGUCGUCUGGCUUAAGGCGGGUCGUCUCCGGCGAUGGAAGACCAUGGGUGGAGUCUUGACACUCGUGACGGCGCUGGGUCCCGCACUGCUCGGGACGCGGGCUGGGACUCUCUUGGACCUGGGCAAGGUGGAUCCCUGCGACGGGAGAGCGGCCUUGGAAGAUUUGGGUUGGCUCCAACAGUACAUCGAGAUCGGCUUCUUCACAGACUACCGGAACCAAGCCUGGCACUACUACAUGACGAAUGAGACCACCUAUGCCUUUUUAUGGCUGAACUCCAUCUCCUAUGCGAACCUGGAUUUUCUGCGCGAGGCAUGCCCGGAAGCUGCCAAGCUGGCGCUGCUCUUGAGAGCAGAGGAACGCUUGCCCGCACGUGAAGCAGAGUUGCCACUCUUAGAUUUGGCUCAGGUCACCUCUGACGCCUCGAGCGCCUGGCCGGUCCUUGAGGGUGUCCAACGGGUCAAACGUUUGGCACAACACAUGGCCGUCGUCCAGG